AUGUCUUCAUCAAAUAGACCUUCAGGAUUAAUCGCCAAGUCUGGCAUCGAAAUUCUCACGGCGGGUACUCCAAAUGGUCACAAAGCAACAAUCCUUCUCGAGGAGCUCAAGGAAGCUUACGGAAAGGAUUAUGUCUAUCAACCUAUCAACAUUGGAGAGAACAUCCAAAAAGAACCAUGGUUUACCAAGGUUUGUCCCAACGGUCGUAUUCCUGCCAUUGUGGAUCAUGACCGAAAUGAUUUUGCCGUUUUCGAAACUGCAGCUAUCUUGACUUAUAUGACCCGUCAUUACGAUCCCGAACAUAAAUUCAGUUUUACCGAUCCGGAUGAUAUUAGUCGUGCUGAACAAUGGAUUGCAUGGCAACAUGGUGGUUUAGGUCCUAUGCAGGGGCAGUCAAACCAUUUCUACAGGCUCGCCAAAGAACGCAUACCAUACCCAACCCAACGUUACGUCGGGGAAAGUGAGAGAUUAUAUGGGAUUCUCGACAGCCACUUGAAAGAUCGUGAAUACAUCGUCGGUCCAGGAAAAGGCAAAUACAGCAUUGCCGAUAUCGCCAGUUUUGGCUGGGUCAACGUUUCCUACUUUGCAGGUGUUGAUCUCGCCAAAUUUCCCAGCUUAGAGAAAUGGUGGGAGCGAAUUAAUGCUAGACCGGCUGUGAAGAAGGGAACGGCUAUUCCGAGUGAGAGUAAAUUUGGCAAUGAGACUUAUCAGCGUAGACUUAAGGAAGAGCCGGAAUUCAAGGAGAGUGAGGAUAAGUUAACGGAUUUAGCUAAUAAGGCGAAGGAGCAGUAUGGUUAUAAAUAUGCAUCUCCAUGA